AUGGGGCCCAAGGGCAGGGCCAAGUGCCCUUGCUGUGGCCCAGAGCCAGGACCCUGGGCAGCUGGCUGCGGCCCCAGGUGGGAGCGUCACAGACUCCGCUGUCUCUGUGGUUGUGUCCCGGGCCAGGACCACGUGGAUGGGCAGAUCCUGGGCCAGUUGCGCACCCUGACAGAGGAGGAAGAGGCAGGGGAGGUUGGGGCCAGCUUGCCCACAGGGCCUGCCUUCCCUGGGAUGGGCUCUGAGGAACUGCGGCUGGCCUCUUUCUAUGACUGGCCACCUACUGCUGGGGUUCAGCCUGAGGCACUGGCUGCUGCUGGCUUCUUCCACACAGGCCAGCAGGACAAAGUAAGGUGCUUCUACUGCUACGGGGGUCUGCAGAGCUGGGAGUGCGGCGACGACCCCUGGACGGAGCACGCCAAGUGGUUCCCCAGGUGCCAAUUCCUGCUCCGGUCAAAAGGAAGGGGCUUUGUCCGCAGUGUCCAGGAGGCCUACUGCUCGCUGCUCGGCUCCUGGGACCAGUGGGAGGAACCAGAAGACGCCGCCCCCUCAGCUCCUGUCCAUGAGGGCUCUGAGCUGCUCAUGCCCAGAAGAGAGGCCCAGCCUGAAGGUGCCAGGGAGCCAGGAGCCGGCGACAUGCAGGAGCAGCUGCAGCGGCUGCGGGAGGAGAGGAGGUGCAAGGUGUGCCUGGACAGAGCCGUGUCCGUGGUCUUUGUGCCCUGCGGCCACCUCGUCUGUGCAGAGUGCGCCCCCAGCCUGCAGCAGUGUCCCAUCUGCAGGGCAGCCAUCCGCAGCUGUGUGCGCACCUUCCUGUCCUGA